GCUAGUGUUCCCGAGAUUACUUUUAAAAAACAGCUAUAUAUGUGCGAUCAACUGUUAAAAGUCGUUACAAUUUGUUUAAAAUUAUUUCUCCUACAAGUUGAUUUAAAAAAAAAAGUGAGUUAUCGAGUAUGCGCAAUUACAUCACACUGACGCAUUUAAAAAACUAAAUUUACUCUGUACUCUGUACUGGUUUCUUAUUUGUUCAGAAGCAUUUGCAUGGGUUGACAAAGCCCUAGCUUACAUAAAAUAGAGAUUAUUAAAUUAGCAGCAGUUACUAUCACCGACAGCUAAAAAAUGAGUUGGUCAGCGAGACAUGUGUCCAUAUCCACGAUCAUUGGUCUCUCGUUAACAGGUGUCUUUGUUGGAUUGUAUUAUUAUUUAUACAAAAAAGAAGAAGAGUCCAAGGGUCCAAUAACAGUCCGCGAGAAAAAAUUUAUGACCAUUGAGGUAAAAGUACCCAGAGCAUUAGUACCGGCAGUAAUAGGUCGUGGUGGAUCGACGAUAAAGGACAUUGAACAGCGCACUUCCACCAAGAUAAGGUUCUCUGAAGAUAUUCUUGAUAAUCCGACGAGAAUCUGUUUCAUAAAGGGCACUUUUGAGUGUAUCAAGCUCGCCGAAGCUUUAAUUAUUAAUAUUAUCGAAAACCAGCCAGUUAUAGAGACCUACGAGAUGUUUGUGCCCACGCGAGUGCGGUCAUUGCUUCUUGCGGAUCGCGGGGAAGUUAUCAACACAAUUCAGGCAACCUCCAAUGCUAAGUUGAUAGUAGAAAAAGGCUUCAGUACUGAUGACAAAAAACGCGUUAUUAUCAAGGGAACUGCCGAGCAGAUUGGAUCCGCUGUUUGCUGUCUCGAGGAGCUUGUACAAGAGUCCAAGGACACUCAAGAAAAACUGGAGGUCAGUCAGAGCUCCAGGUCUCCCAGGGGAAGAGUUUCUCCUAGAAGUACUCCUACUCAGUCGGAUUCUGUCCAAACUAUUGAUUCUUCACUAGACGGCGUGAUGGAGGUGUACGUCAGUGCUUCUGAAAGUCCCAGUCAGUUCUGGAUUCAAAUGGUAGGAGAUAGUAUCCUUGAGCUGGACAAACUUAUUGAUGAGAUGACCGAGUAUUACUCCAAAAAAGAAAAUCUAGAGCUUCAUGUACUAAAAAAUAUCUCGGUGGGACAAACAGUCGCCGCUAAAUUUAGCUUCGAUAACCGCUUCUACCGGGCUGAAGUGAUAGCAGUCAUGGGCGACAGGUUCAAUAUUAAUUUUCUGGACUAUGGAGACCAUGAAAUUGUUGAAGGAACCGAUUUAUAUGAACUUAGGACGGAUUUUCUGAGCUUACGGUUUCAGGCUCUUGAAUGUUCUUUGGCAAAUAUAAGACCUCCAAAUGGAUAUGAGUGGAGUGACCAAACUUGUGAUAGGUUCGGUGAUUUAUCUUGGGUCGCUCAGUGGAAAGUUCUUAUUGCCAAAGUUCGUGGCUUCAAGGAGCGAGUCAUUAGUCAAGGGACUAGUCGAAGAGAAGGUUCUCCUAUUCCAUGUGUUGACUUGUAUGAUAAAAAUGAUAAAAAGGAUAUUGAUAUUGGCAAGCAACUGGUGAUUGAAAAUUUAGCGGUUCUCGAUGACGGCUCUUGGUCGACUGCCAGCUCAACCGCGUCAUUGUUGAAGCACCAAGAUGUUUCGAGUCCCUCUUUGGACAGCACGCUACCAGUGACCACGAAAUCCAGUUCACCGCAGCGAAAGAUCACCCCAGAAGUAAUCGACUUGACCACCCCGCGCAAGCGAGUCGUCGAAGAAGUCGAUUUGGUGACUCCGCAAACCGACCGGAAGAAAAAAUCAACUUUUGACAAGAAAAAACAGGGCAAAUCUACCAACGGUACUAAACAGGAAAAUAAAAAACUUCCUGUAGAUACGCAGCCGCGUCAUUUGCCAGGUGGUGAGGAGAGUUACGACGAGUAUUCUGAUGAGCUUGAAAUGUUUUGAUUAACACUUGUUGAGAAUCUCAAGAUAUUUUUUUUUAAUUUAAUUGUUAUUUAAUGUUUUUUCGCUGGUCGAAAGUUUUCUCUGCGUAAAAAGAAAUAUUUAAUUUUUUCACAGAAGUUUAAGUAUUCAGGAGAUUAUUGUCAUUAUUAUUAGUUAUUAUUAUUAUAUAAAAAAAAAAUUCUCCGUGCCUUACUAUCUCAUUAUC